AUGAAACUACAUCAAAUCCACUACUUGUUGAUUCUACUAUUGACACCAUGCAUAAUCCAUUGUCAUAUCCUUGAUCUAGGUUUGAAACCCAAUUACUACCAAAUAGGCGACCCAGUAGAUCUUCUAGUCAACAAGAUCGAAUCUGACAAGACUCAACUCCCAUUUGCAUAUUAUUCACUCACAUUUGUUUGUCCGCCCAUGAACAAUGCCAAACCAGUUCAUUUAUCGUUGGGCGAAAUCUUGCGCGGUGAUCGAAUUUGGCAAAGUGGCUACGACCUCAGAUUUGGUAUUGACCAACCGUGUUUACGAUUAUGCGACUUGCUUGCUACUCAAGCUGGAAUCAGACGAGCUUCAAAUUUAAUUAAAGAUGGAUAUGUUGUUCAUUGGUCGAUUGAUGGAUUACCCGGCGCUACUACUUUUGAAACUAAUAACCAUCGCAGAAAAUACUAUGCUGCUGGGUUCCCCAUGGGAUUUGUCGAUCAAGAUGUGAGCUAUUUGUAUAAUCAUGUCAUGUUGGUGAUUCGAUAUCAUCGAGAAGCAAAUACUGGGAAAUACACCAUUGUUGGAUUUGAAGUAUAUCCCAAAAGUGUCAUUAAUGAGGAAUGCCCAGGAACUAGUAAAAACUACCGAAAUUUCCCCUUGCUUUAUAAAGUUGAUGAUAAGGGACAAUUGGCUCUGGAAAGAACAACUAUCUCAUACACGUAUUCAGUGUAUUGGCGAGAAGAUAAAUCGAUAGAUUACGAAUCAAGAUGGGAUUUGUACUAUGAGAAUGAAUCUGGUGAAAGUCAACUGAAGAUUCAUUGGAUUUCAUUUGUCAAUUCGACGGUUUUGAUCUUUUUGGCUUCGUUGAUUGUAAUGAUUGUUAUGGUACAAGUUUUGAAAAAGGAUAUACGACAACAAUCGCCAAGCUUGCCAAUCAGUGAAGGUGAUGUUACUGGUAAUGCUGGUGCAGCAGCAGCAGCAGCAACAGCAGCAACAGGCGGUGGUUGGAAAAAUUUAGCUAAUAAAGUCAACAUCAUCCCUCGAGGUGAAUUGUUAUUAACAACGCUAGUCCUGGGUGGUGUACAAAUGUUGAUUGCUAUAGUUGGGGUUGUUGUAAUUAGCAGUUUGAAUUCAAUCAAAUCAAAAAACUAUUUCUUUAAUAAUCACCAGGGGGCAUUAUUUUCAUUUGCCAUUUUUUGCUUUAUGGGAUCAGGCUUGGUAUCGUCAUUCUUGGGGAUAGUUUUACACAAAUUAUUUCGUAAAGAGACCAACCAAAAAUACGGUGCUGGUCAAAUUUUAAUUUUGUCAUUAUUAUUCAGUGCAGUGGUGCCGGCAUUUUUAUUCAUAUUGAUGUUUAUUUUGAAUUUCUUUGUGUGGGCACAAGAUUCAUCGACCGCAUUGCCAUUUGGAACAAUUGUGGUGUUUGUGUUGUUGUUUAUCUUGAUUCAGUGUCCAUUGGGCAUAAUUGGGGGUAUUUAUGGAAACAAGUACAAGUUUAACCCAAGAAAUCACUUGUCCAUUUGUGGUGAAGAGGAGAAAUUGCAACCACCACAUGAUGGGGUCAAGUGUAGUGGUAUAAAGUCUUUGUACAGGUUGGUUUCACCAGUAUCAUAUCUCAAAACAGUAACGGUUUUUGGUCUUAUCCCAUUUGGAAUAGUUUAUGUUGAGCUCUUAUUUGUGUUUAAUUCGGUAUGGUUGGAAAAGACGACGUUUUAUUACAUGUAUGGAUUCCUAUUCAUCACCACAGUGAUGUUGUUGAUAAUCAUUAUUGAGUUGACAAUAGUGGCAAUUUAUGUUUCAUUGGUUUACUAUAAUGACGCAAAUUGGACCUGGUUGUCUUUCAAAGUUGGUUCAAGUAUCGCUUGGUACAUUUAUGGAUACUCAAUCUACUAUUUUAUUACUGUUUUAAACAUUGACGAUUUUGUUAGCUCAUUGUUGUACUUUAGCUAUAUGGGAUUAGCCUGUUUCAUCAUCGGUAUUGCAUGUGGUGCCGUUGGAGUAAUAACGGGGUUGUUGUUUAUACGAAAGAUUUAUGGAGCAGUUAAAUUAGAAUAG